GCUCUAUGGUUUCAAGAAGGUCGGACAUUGUUACCAGGUCGGUGAAAUGCUUGACUUAGUGAUGUUCGUUCCUGGCGAGGUUGCUUCGCCCCUACUAGAUGUGCUACGUUAUCAAUUAUGGAAACUUCACAAAUAAUAGUCCAUAUGCCAAUAACACAGUCCUUCUCCUCUCUUCUCUUGCGGCCAAUGUCGCCUUAAACGGCGGUUUCUACACCACUUCAAUCGGCCAAGGCGCGGACCGAGUUCACGGUCUUGUACUAUGCAGAACAGAUGCUUCGGAAAAAGACUGUUUAGAAUGCGUCAAUAAUGGGAUUCGAGAUAUAAUAACAAAAUGCCCGAAUCAGAAAAAAGCAAUAUCAUGGGGUAGAGGUUCUGUUCCGCCAUGUACUAUUCGCUACGCGAAUUACUCGAUGCUCGGUAAAAUGGAGCUUGAUCCUUCCGAGCCGGGAUACAAUACCAAAGGCCUUACGGACAUUAGUGUCGAGCAGUUUGAUAAAAUUUGGAGCGGUUUAGUGGAGCGAGUCGGAAAUGAAGCUUCAAUGGGAUCGGAGAAGAGAAAAUUCGCGACAGGAGAGACUAAUUUGACUAGUUUUGAAACUAUAUAUUUACUAAUGCAGUGCACACCUGAUCUUUCACAGACUGAUUGCAGAAAUUGUCUAUGGCAAGCGGUUGGCGAGUUUCGAAGCUGUUGCUUAGGUAUGUCGGGUGGUUAUACUCUCAAACCGAGCUGCUGGUUCAGGUGGGAUUUAUAUCCUUUCUAUCAAGUUACUGCUGAUCCUCCGGCUCAGCCGAUACCUAUACGAAAAGAUAAGAAGAAAAUUUCAUCAAUAACUAUUAUGAUGAUUACUGUUGUUCCUGUUCUCGGCUUGUCGCUGUUUGUUGCUUUCUUAUAUAUCCUUUUCCGGAGAAGGAAAUCAAAGCAACGAAAAAAAUCUUCUUCUUCAGAUUCUAAUAAACGUUAUGAAGAAAUUGAUUGUGAAAAUACCAAUGAUAUUAUGAGUACUCCUGAUUCAUUGCAAUUCGACAUUGAAACCAUCCGACUUGCAACGAAUAAUUUCUCUGACGAUAAUAAGCUCGGAGAAGGUGGAUUUGGCCUAGUUUACAAGGGCACGCUUCCUGAUGGUUCAACAAUAGCGGUUAAAAGAUGGUCCAGAAAUUCUAGACAAGGAGAAGCUGAAUUUAAAAAUGAAGUUCAAUUAGUAGCCAUGCUGCAACACAGGAAUUUGGCUAGGCUUCUAGGUUUCUGCUUGGAGGAAAGAGAAAGACUUUUAAUCUACGAGUUUGUUCCGAACUCGAGUCUCGAUUAUUACAUUUUCGACCCAAACAGGCGACUAAUUCUAGAUUGGAAGAUGCGAGUUAAAAUUAUUGAAGGCAUAGCUCGAGGAAUUCUUUACCUUCAUGAAGAUUCUCAUACACGAAUUAUUCAUCGUGACCUUAAAGCUAGCAAUAUUCUAUUAGAUGAACAAAUGAAUUCGAAAAUUUCAGAUUUUGGAACUGCAAGAUUGUCUGUAGUGGAUCAAUCCCAAAUUGCUACACGUAGAAUUGUGGGAACAAUCGGGUAUAUGCCUCCAGAGUAUGCGAUGCAUGGGCGAUUUUCAAUAAAAUCCGAUGUAUUUAGCUUUGGUGUACUUGUUUUGGAAAUUAUGAGUGGUCAAAAGGUUACUCGUUUUCACAGUGGCGAGACAGGGGAGAAUCUUUUAACCUAUGCAUGGAGAGUUUGGAAUGAAAGAAUGCCUUUAAAUCUGAUAGAUGAAAUUCUAUUGAGUAUUAAUUCAAAUCAAGAAAUGAUAAGAUUUAUUCAUGUGGCUUUACUAUGUGUUCAAGAAGAUGCGGCAAAUAGACCUACGAUGACUUCUAUUGUUAUGAUGCUCAGCAGUCACUCUGUCUCUCUUCCACUGCCCUCGAGACCUGCAUAUUUCAUGCAUAGCAUCGUAGACAGAGAGCCUGAAGGCUCGUCUACUUCAGAUGCAACCAUGACGGGUGAAUCAAUAAAUGAGGUUUCACUUAGCGAACAAGCUCCUCGAUAAUGUACUUUAAAAUAUUAUUCGAUUGUAUUCAUGUGAAUAUUGCAUCAUUGAUGUGAAUGUUAUCCAAUGUAAAUGUAAUGGUUGAAUUAGUAAGAGCAAUUGCGGGUAAUUGAUUCUCGCAGUUAUUAAA